GUAAACAACCGUGAAAUAAAGAAGAAGAAUUUUUUGUCCAAUUUCCCUCAUAUUUUUAUUAGUAUUGCGAAAAAGAAAAAGUAAAAAUUUUGCUUAAAUUUCAACAAACAUUGCUCGCAUCUGCAUUAAAUUGCAGACGUAUUACGGUGGCGACGGUCAAGUGCGGUCGAAUGUUGGGCGAUGGCGAGGAAGACUCUAGCCGUGAUGCCGACACGUAUGAUGGUGAAAUUGAUGAAGUGACAUGGCGCGGUUGUUCCAUGGAGGAGAUAUAUCGAAACCUAGACCCAUUUGAACUCGAUCAUGUGACGCCCGUCAGACCAACUGACUCACACACUGUACUGCAUCACUACCCGAUUAGAGAAGACGAAACAAAGCCACCAAAACCCUUAAAAUCUCAUCCAAAAUGGGAUGCAUUCCAUGUAAGAUUGCCUUGUUCGAACAAAUCUCAAUAUCCGGUAGUAGCAGAAGAUGGCUCAUCGACCAUUGAAAAUCGAUGGGAAAUGAUUGAGAGAGCUUUGCUGAGACCCAUUGAAAAUUCACAUGAUUUGCAAAAUGCAAUUUUGUCGUACAACACCAAAUAUCAGGGUCAAUGGAAUUUCCGAGCCUUGCACACACUCUUUGAGCACGAGCUGGACGAAAGUGAGGCAACGGGUUUCUUUGAGGAUUUGCUGCCGCGAGUUAUACGUCUGGCUCUUAGAUUGCCGGACUUGGUGCAGGCGCCAAUACCACUACUAAAGCAGGGGAAAUGUCAUGCGAUAACGUUGACACAAGAGCAAAUAUCAUGUCUUUUGGCAAAUGCAUUUCUCUGCACAUAUCCACGUCGAAACACUCUCAAGAAGAAAUCCGAAUACAGUACCUUUCCAGAUAUAAAUUUUAAUCGACUUUUCCAAUCUUCUGGUUCAGCGGUUAUUGAGAAAAUCAAAUGUAUUUGCCAUUACUUUCGAAGAGUAUGCCCCAAAGAAAAUGAUCGUUCGAACGUGCCGUCGGGAUGCGUAACAUUCGAGAGGCGGGCAAUACCUUUGCCUGAAUUGCCGAAUUGGUCUGCCUCUGGUAAGCCCUUGGGCGUAACACCUUUGCACAUCAAUUCAUCUGGUACAAUAGAAGAUCAAGGAGAGGGACUGCUGCAGGUAGAUUUUGCCAAUAAAUUCUUGGGUGGCGGUGUUCUAGGCAGUGGAUGUGUUCAGGAGGAAAUACGUUUUGUUAUUUGCCCAGAGUUAAUUGUAUCGAAACUUUUCACCGAAUGUCUGAGACCUUCCGAAGCUUUAGUUAUGGUAGGCUGCGAACGUUAUAGUAAUUACGUUGGCUAUGCAAAUACCUUCCAGUGGGAUGGCAAUUAUGUGGAUAACACACCCCGUGAUUCUUCAAGACGCCGUCUGUGUCACAUUGUGGCUAUAGAUGCCCUCCUCUUCCACCAGUCCUCUCAUCAAUACCGCGAGGAGCUAAUGUUGCGCGAACUGAACAAAGCCUAUGUGGGAUUUUUCCAUCCUCUGAGCACGGUGGCUCCGGGUGUAGCUUCUGGCAAUUGGGGUUGUGGUGCGUUUGGAGGCGAUGCAAAUUUGAAGGCCCUACUACAACUCAUGGCCUGUACAUUGACCAGUCGUCCUUUGGUUUAUUUCACAUUUGGAAACGAAGAGUUGCGAGAUGAGGUGCACAAAAUGCACACUUUUUUCAUUGAGAAUAAUGUGCUCGUCAAAGACCUGUGGGCCACAUUGAAAAAAUUCCAUGGCAGUAAAUCAACACAAAAAGAUCUUUAUAAAUUCCUAUAUAAUGAACUACACAAGUUGAAGCGUAGCCAGCAGGAAAGAGUUACCAAAUCCGAAACCAUCCCGAGUAGUGAUAUCUCAACAGCAAUAUCAACGGUUGAGACCAAGGAAAUUAAAGCAUUAUCGCCUAGUAAAUCCCUUUCCCCAAGGCCAAGUACGUCCUUGAAUACAAAACGUAGCUUAGAGGAAAGCCAGGAUCUGUUCGCUUCGACCUCUUCAGAGAGUGAAAAUUCGAAAUUAACACCACCCCCAAAGGUAUCUGUUGUAGAUCUAAGCAUAUCCGAUGAUAGCGAUACUGAUCUAAUGCUUGUGGCUGUCGCCGAAAGCGCAUGCGCAAAUUUGUCACCCACCAUAAAACAUCAGCAAUCACCGCAGCAACAACAGCAGCCAAAUAAAGCACCAGAAGCAGCUAUGAAUGCCUCGCCUGGCACAGCAAAGCCAAGGCAACGUACUCUCUUGGAAAUGCUGGAUCAGACAUAUAAUCACGUUACAGGUCCGGCAACCAAGCGUUAUUGCAUUACAAAAUCACAUCAAAAAGAAUAAAUCGAUUUAAUCAAAGUACACCACAUCCUAUUAUGGCAACGGAUAUUUUGUUUACAUGAAAAGAAAAAUAAAUAGUUUUUAUCAAAAUUAUUCAUUACAUCACAUAAA